AUGUUAUCUCGAAGUGGCGUCGACAAAUUCAUGAUCGCUAGUAUGAAUAAUUCUCUGUCAUUUACCAAUGGAAAACACGAUCCUAAAGGUUUAAAAAAUCCUAAAUUUACUACUCAAGGACAACAAUUUCCAGCAAGAUCCAAACUUUAUUCAUCAACUGGUACAAAAAAUUAUUCAACAAGUACAGAUGCUCAGCAACCACUUCUCCAAUUAGGAUUUCGUAUCAAUGAAAAAUUAAUUGGUACUGGCUCUUAUGCAAAAGUCAAAAGAUGCAUACGAGAGAUUGAUAACAAAGAAUUCGCCGUGAAAAUCAUCGAUCGUGAUAAAGCUCCUUCUGAUUUCGUCUCUAAAUUUUUACCACGUGAACUUGAUAUUAUUCGAACAUUAGAUCAUCCAAAUAUUAUCAAAGUACAACAAAUUCUUGAAACCAAAUCUCUAACAUUAAUCGUGAUGGAGUAUGCAUCAAAUGGAGAUCUUCUUGAUUAUAUUAAUAAAACGACUCGUCUACAAGAAUCAGUGGCACGACGCAUGUUUCGUGAAUUAUGCGAUGCUAUUUAUUAUAUUCAUUUUCGAAAUAUAUGCCAUCGAGAUUUGAAAUGUGAAAAUCUUUUACUUGAUAAUCAUCUACGCAUUAAAUUAGCUGAUUUUGGAUUUUCUCGCUAUUGUGUUGACCCUCCUCGUACAGAAAAUAAAAAGAAUGUAAUUGAAAAAAAGAUUUUAAGCCGAACAUUUUGUGGUUCGGCUGCAUAUGCUGCACCUGAAAUUCUUCGUGGCCAAGAAUAUAAUCCGAAACUUUAUGAUAUUUGGUCAGCAGGAUGUAUCUUAUAUAUCAUGAUCUAUUCAAAAAUGCCUUUCGAUGAUUCUGAUAUUAAAAAAAUGAUUGAAGCACAAAUGACAAAAGGUGGUCUUCGUUUUGGUAGUGAAGGUUCAUCCGAAGUACAAGAUCUCAUUGCACGUAUGCUUCAAUCUGAAGUAACGCAACGAUGGCCAAUUGAACUAAUACAAAAACAUCCGUGGCUAGCUAAGCAAACGAAUACUGACAAUCAUGGCUCAUCGAUUUCUUAUGUAAAUGCAAUGACUACGAAUCGAAUUCAAACUCAAGGUGGUGUUAAUCAAGUACAAAAACGACAUGGAUCACCUAUUUAUGCAUAA